UUUCCACCAGCGCCUGCGACCAUGGCGGCCGUGGUUACAGAGCACGAAGCGGAGCAGAAGCCACUGAAAGGCUGUGAACUCAACGGGGAAGUGGAAGAUCGAGAGGAGACUGAUCCCGUGGAGGAGGCGACUAAAAAGAAGAAGAAAAGGAAGAAGAAGAACAAAUCUGCUGCGACAGCGGCUGAGCCGGAAGCUGAUGGAGUCGCGGAGGUGAGCAAGCAGCUGGAGCAACAGGCCAUUGAAGAGAAAGAGGAGGAUGCAGAGGAAGAUGGAGAUGAUGGUGAUGCAUCCGGAAAGAAGAAGAAAAAGAAGAAGAAGAAGAAAGGAACCAAAGGUCAGACUGACCCACCGUCUGUGCCGAUCUGUGACUUGUAUUCCAACGGCGUGUUUCCCAUCGGACAGGAGUGUGAAUAUCCUGUGCUACAGGACGGCCGCAGCGCUGUCUGGCGAAUGAACGUCGCCGAGAGGAAGGCCAUGGACAAAGCCAAUGAGGAAGUGUGGAACGACUUCAGACAGGCGGCUGAGGCCCAUCGGCAGGUUCGGCAGCACGUCCGCAGCUUCCUGAAGCCAGGCAUGACCAUGAUAGAGAUCUGCGAGCGCUUGGAAGACUGCUCGCGCAAGCUCAUCAAGGAGAACAAGCUCAACGCGGGUCUGGCCUUUCCCACCGGCUGCUCUCUCAACCACUGCGCGGCCCACUACACCCCCAACGCCGGAGACCCCACUGUCCUGCAGUACGACGAUGUCUGCAAGAUUGACUUCGGCACACACAUCAACGGGAGAAUCAUUGACUGUGCCUUCACCGUGACAUUUAACCCCAAGUAUGACAAACUCCUGGAGGCUGUGAAGGACGCCACCAACACCGGCAUCAAGAACGCCGGCAUCGAUGUGCGUCUGUGUGACGUCGGAGAGGCCAUCCAGGAGGUGAUGGAGUCCUACGAGGUGGAGCUGGACGGCAAAACAUACCAAGUUAAACCUAUCAGGAACCUGAAUGGUCACUCCAUUGGCCAGUACAGAAUACACGCAGGGAAGACUGUUCCCAUCGUGAAAGGAGGAGAAGCUACUAGAAUGGAGGAGGGAGAGGUUUAUGCCAUCGAGACGUUCGGCAGUACAGGCAAAGGGAUGGUCCACGACGACAUGGAGUGUUCACACUACAUGAAGAACUUUGACGUGGGCCACGUCCCCAUCAGACUCCCCAGGGCGAAGCACUUGCUCAAUGUGAUCAACGAGAACUUCGGCACGCUGGCGUUCUGCCGCCGCUGGCUGGACCGCCUGGGCGAGAGCAAGUACCUGAUGGCGCUGAAGAACUUGAGUGACCUGGGCAUUGUGGACCCGUACCCUCCGCUCUGCGACACCAAGGGCUGCUACACGGCUCAGUUUGAGCACACUAUCCUUCUGCGGCCGACCUGCAAGGAGGUGGUGAGCCGGGGGGACGACUACUGAGACCUACACCCCUCUCUCCCGUUGCUCGCCUCCACGCACCUGCACACCUCGAUAGCUCUCCUACAGUGCAAAGGACAAACCCACCAGGAAGAAAUAGAUUUAAGUCCGGACUCUUUCAUAUGCUCCCAUCAUGACAUGGCGACUGCAGUUGGUGGAGAACGCGACGCUGAACGAGGUAUCCCCUUAAGCUAAAGAUUAUUCGACACCACUCCGAACCUGCGGUGCAAAGUCGCAGGAGUUUUGGCAGAUGGUGGUCACGCAUGAUGCAUCCUGCACUCGGGCUCACUUGGUUGUUUCCACCUGCGGCUGAGUUUGGCUUCUGCUACGGGAGGGAAAGCUGCUCUUUUUCGGUCACAAUUUCUUUGAUAUUUAUAAAAUAUCUGCGACCUGGCUGCUGUUUGCUCCCAAUGAGAUGCCUGAUUUUGAACUCCCUGACAAUGUUUUUGUAAGAAAAAAAGAUUAAAAAUAAUUUAGCUCAUUGUC